UCAGGUGUGUGCUGGGAAGGCGGCCCUCUAGUCCUAAUGGAGCACGCGUUUUACGGCGACCUACGGCGGUACCUACGCGCCCGGCGCACGCUAGCCGAGCGCGCUCGCGACGGCCUCCCGGAACCGGAGGCGGCGCACGUAGCGGCGGCGGCGUUGACGAGACUAGCCCGUGAAGCCGCGGCGGCGUUAGGGUAUCUAGCGCAUGAGCGGCUGGUACAUCGAGACGUCCGCGCCGCCAACUGCUUAGUAGACGUCCGUCGGUCUCUCAAGUUGGCCGAUUUUGGGAUGGCGCGGCGGUUAGAUAAACCAGGGAAGAGAGAAUAUUUGUGCAAGCGACGCGCCAUGUUUCCGGUGCUAUGGAUGGCGCCGGAAUCCCUCUCCCGUGGCGUUUUCUCAGCGGCCAGCGAUGUGUGGGCACUAGGCGUAUUGUUACUAGAACUAGCCACGCUGGGCGAGCGGCCGUACGGCGCGUGGGCCACGCCUCGAGUUCUACGCCAUGUGCGUGAGGGCGGCGCGCCGCCGCUGCCGCAAGACGCCACGCCUAGCACGCGCGGCAUAACGGCGGCAUGUUGGCGGCGUUUGCCCGAAGAACGACCGACAGCAGCCGAACUAGUCGCGUACCUCGCCGAUCAUCCCCGCGCCAUACAGCCAGCGUUAGAACCGAACGCCGACGCCGAUACAAACGCCGCCCCGGAUACAGAUGUGUACAUCGAAGAGUGGACUGUUAACUAA